CCGAGGUUGGUUGCGCGGGCGCCGGGGAAGGAGACGCUGUCCUUCCGCAGCGAUGGGAUCCAGGCUCUGUGGAGGGACCUUCUGGUAUGUGUGUCCCUGUCCUUUCGGGGCGUGGAUGGUGCCUGGGACCCAGCCAGCGACCAGUUGAAGACGUUCUCCUUGGAAGCUCUCGGCCCCGAGGGCUCUCGCCUGGGGUGCCGAUCCUGCCAUGGCAUUCCGGAGGACUGAGGGUGUGUCCAUGAUCCAGGCCCUGGCCAUGACGGUGGCAGAGAUCCCUGUGUUCCUUUACACGACGUUUGGGCAGUCUGCCUUCUCCCAGCUGCGGUUGACACCAGGCCUGCGGAAGGUCCUCUUUGCCACGGCCCUGGGGACUGUGGCCUUGGCCCUGGCCGCCCACCAGCUGAAGAGGCGACGGCGGAAGAAGAAGCAGGUCGGCCCCGAGAUGGGCGGCGAGCACCUGGGCACGGUGCCCCUCCCCAUCCUCAUGGCCAGGAAGGUCCCGUCACUGAAGAAAGGCUACUCCAGCCGGAGGGUCCAGAGCCCCAGUAGCAAGAGCAACGACACUCUGAGCGGCAUCUCCUCCAUCGAGCCCAGCAAGCACUCAGGCUCCUCCCACAGCUUGGCCUCGAUGGUAGUGGUGAACUCAUCCAGCCCCGUGGCUGCAUGCUCGGGGCCGUGGGACACCAGAGGGAUGGAGGAGUCUGUGACCACCAGCAGCGGCAAUGCUGAGAGCCUCUACAUGCAAGGCAUGGAGCUAUUUGAGGAAGCCCUGCAGAAGUGGGAGCAGGCGCUGAGCGUGGGGCAGAGGGGGGAUGGCCUCCGGAACCCCGAGACCGCUUCAGAGGCGCCGUCUGAGCCAGAGUCACAGCGAAGGGAGUUUGCGGAGAAGCUGGAGUCCCUGCUGAACCGGGCCUACCACCUGCAGGAGGAGUUCGGGUCCACCUUCCCGGCCGACAACAUGCUGCUGGACCUCGAGCGGACCCUCAUGCUGCCCCUGACCGAGGGCUCGCUGCAUCUGCGGGCGGACCAUGAGAACAGCCUGACCUCGGAGGAUUCCUUCUUCUCUGCCACUGAGCUCUUUGAGCCCCUGCAGGUCGGAGAUUACCCGAGCCCACUCUCCAGGCCUGCCGCCGCCUACGAGGAGGCCCUGCAGCUGGUGAAGGAGGGCAGAGUGCCCUGCCGGACCCUCAGGUGCUGUGACUCUGCGCUUCCCCUCAGGACAGAACUGCUGGGCUGCUACAGUGACCAGGACUUUCUGGCCAAGCUGCAUUGUGUGCGGCAAGCCUUCGAGGGCCUCCUGGAGGACAAGAGUCACCAGUUUUUCUUCGGGCAGGUUGGCCGGCAGAUGGUGACGGGCCUGAUGACCAAGGCUGAGAAGAGCCCCAAAGGCUUCCUGGAGAGCUACGAGGAGAUGCUGAGCUACGCCCUGCGGCCGGAGACCUGGGCCACCACACGGCUGGAGCUGGAGGGCCGAGGGGUGGUGUGCAUGAGCUUCUUCGACAUCGUGCUGGACUUCAUCCUCAUGGACGCCUUCGAGGACCUGGAAAACCCCCCGUCCUCGGUGCUCGCCGUCCUGAGGAACCGCUGGCUGUCGGACAGCUUCAAGGAGACGGCCCUGGCCACUGCUUGCUGGUCUGUCCUGAAAGCCAAGAGGAGGCUGCUGAUGGUGCCUGAUGGCUUCAUCUCCCAUUUCUACUCCGUAUCGGAGCACGUUAGCCCCGUCCUAGCCUUCGGCUUCCUCGGACCCAAGCCUCAGCUCUCUGAAGUCUGUGCUUUCUUUAAGCACCAGAUCGUGCAGUACCUGAGGGACAUGUUCGACCUGGACAACGUGCGCUACACAUCGGUGCCGGCGCUGGCGGACGACAUCCUCCAGCUGUCCCGGCGCCGCAGCGAGAUCCUGCUCGGCUACCUGGGGGCGCCGGUGGCCAGCAGCAUUGGCCUGAACGGUGUGCUGCCCCGAGAGAACGGGCCCCCAGGGGAGCUGCAGUAGUGGUGGGUGUGGACCUGGGAGGGGUGGCUGGCUGGUCCUCAUUCACGUGGGUGAUGGCAGAGAGAAGGCCUUGGGGGUGGCAUUGGAGGCCUGGGUGUCUAGCCGUCAGCAGUGGCAGAGCCCAGGCCAUGGUGGCCAAGGGUGCUCGCCCCUGACCUCGCCCCCACCCCAACCUCCAUCACCUGGGAAUCCCCGAGGCCCAGGGGAUAAACUUUCUCGGAGCGGCGUGGAGCCCCGAGGGGCCCGCCUCAGCUGUUCAUGGGAAAGCAGAGGCUGGACCAGUGGCCAGUGGGGCCUGAGGCGUUGUGAGGAGAAUCAGGACAGGCAGAGAUGGGAUGCCCCGGGGGUGGGUGCCCAAAACCUCCCGCCACCCCGGGGCUGCUGAGUGGGGCUGGGAGGGUGGAGAUGAAAGAGGGGGUGGCCGGGCUCUGCGGCGAAGGAACCUGGGCUGGACGGUCUCAGAUCCAGGCAUCUGCCCGGCCAGUCCUGACGGCCCGCUGCCACCCGAGAGAAUGUGCUGCUCCAGAGAUGGAGGGUGGGAGCCACAGAGUGUGGCCGGGGGGCACCUUGGUGGGCGGCGGGCCUGGGCCAUCCAGAGGCGGGCCCGCUUUCCUUGCGCUCACGUCAGGGCGGGGACCAGGCCCUUGGACAAACCCAAGCACUGAACCGGGACACCAUCCUUAGGCAUACCCUGCCUAAGACCGUCAUUUCUCCUCCCACCUACCUCUGCCACCACCAAAGACGGAGGAGGUGGGGCUGGUCCCCUCGCCCCUGCCCCGCCCUCUGUGAGCCCGGAACUCCCUGGCUGGUGCUAGGCACUGAGCUGGAGGCUCUGACCCGGGGUGCCCAGGGGCCACAUCAGGGGAGGUUAGAGGAUGUAGGCGGCUGGACCAGCAUCAGGACAAGAAACUUGCCCGGCACUUUGCCUUCAACUCGAUGACAAACGCUCUCAAGCCAUGUAGCGGUGCACAGCCCGCCUCCCCGCUGGUCCUGCAGAGGAAGGCCGGCCGGCAUUUGUAGACGCACUUCUCUUACAGUGUUUUCACCUGAGGUGGGCUGUUUUAUUUAUUGCCUUAACACUUUAUUUUGAGGUCUGCCCCUUUCCAGGUGGAGAGGCCUACAAGACAAACAGACUCCUGGUUCUCCACACUCUGGAGUCGGGACUGGCUCAGACGGGGCCGGUGGGGGGGCACCCUCCCCUGAAUGGCAAAGGGGGGCAGGGCGGGGGGUGGUCUGGCCCUUGGGGGCGGGAAGGAGGGGGGAUGGGAGAGGGCCCACUAUCUCUGAGCCCAGUCCCUCCCCAACGUGGUCCCUCCUGCCCCCCAGACUGUAAGACCGCUGUGCACUAACCAUGCUUCUGGCUCCAAACCCACUUCUCUGGAGUCGCUGCCCUGGACAGAGCAGCCACCUGGGCGGGAAGGACCUGGGCAGCCCCUCCAUCCUGACAUUCCGUUCAUUUGCACUUCCCCGCGCUGUGAAUGUAAUCUUGCGCCUGGGCCCCCCCGGCUGCUCUGAUUUGCUCCCGAAUCACAGAGAAGUGGCAUUUUCAUUUUGUCUUUGUUUACACGUCCAUGCACUGCCUCUGGCACUUGAUUUGUUGCAGCUUCCCACUUUUGUAUGGUAGGGCGUGUGCACAUCGACUCCGAGUCAAAUAAAUGAUUUAAUGAUUUCCUUCCA